GCGGCGAGCGGCGAGCGCAGCCAUGCCCCAGGCCGCCUCCGGGGCAGCAGCAGCGGCGGCCGGGGCCGGGGAGGCCGGGGGGCCGGCGGCGGCGGUCCGGGCGGGACGAUGAAGCGGCAGAACGUGCGCACGCUGGCGCUCAUCGUGUGCACCUUCACCUACCUGCUGGUGGGCGCCGCCGUCUUCGACGCGCUCGAGUCGGAGCCCGAGAUCAACGAGCGGCGGCGGCUGGAGCGGCGGCAGCAGGAGCUGCGGGCGCGCUACAACCUCAGCCAGGGCGGCUACGAGGAGCUCGAGCUCGUCGUGCUGCGCCUCAAGCCGCACAAGGCCGGCGUGCAGUGGCGCUUCGCCGGCUCCUUCUACUUCGCCAUCACGGUCAUCACCACCAUCGGCUACGGCCACGCGGCGCCCAGCACCGAUGGCGGCAAGGUGUUCUGCAUGUUCUACGCGCUGCUGGGCAUCCCGCUCACGCUCGUCAUGUUCCAGAGCCUGGGCGAGCGCAUCAACACCUUCGUGAAGUACCUCCUGCACCGCGCCAAGAAGGGGCUGGGGCUGCGGCGCGCCGACGUGUCCAUGGCCAACAUGGUGCUCAUCGGCUUCUUCUCGUGCAUCAGCACGCUGUGCAUCGGCGCCGCCGCCUUCUCCUACUACGAGCGCUGGACCUUCUUCCAGGCCUACUACUAUUGCUUCAUCACGCUCACCACCAUCGGCUUCGGCGACUACGUGGCGCUGCAGAAGGACGAGGCGCUGCAGACGCAGCCGCAGUACGUGGCCUUCAGCUUCGUCUACAUCCUCACGGGCCUCACGGUCAUCGGCGCCUUCCUCAACCUCGUGGUGCUGCGCUUCAUGACCAUGAACGCCGAGGACGAGAAGCGCGACGCCGAGCACCGCGCGCUCCUCACGCGCAACGGGCAGGCGGGCGGCGGCGGCGGCGGCGGCUGUGCGGGGAGCAGCGCGCGCCCCCAGGACCCGGUCUCGUGCGCGGCGGCGGCGGCGGCCGUGGGCGGCGGCGGCGGCGGGUUCCGCAACGUCUACGCCGAGGUGCUGCACUUCCAGUCCAUGUGCUCGUGCCUGUGGUACAAGAGCCGCGAGAAGCUGCAGUACUCCAUCCCCAUGAUCAUCCCGCGGGACCUCUCCACGUCCGACACGUGCGGCGAGCAGAGCCACUCGUCGCCGGGAGUGGGCGGCCGCUACAGCGACACGCCCUCGCACCGCUGCCUGUGCAGCGCGGCGCAGCGCUCCGCCAUCAGCUCCGUGUCCACCGGCCUGCACAGCCUGGCCACCUUCCGCGGCCUCAUGAAGCGCAGGAGCUCCGUGUGAGCGCUCCGCGGCGCCGGGCGCACCGGGGAGCCCCGGCCGAGCCGGGCGAGGGGCGGGGGGCUUCUCCCCACCCCUCUCACCAUCCUGCCCCCCAUCUCCGACUGUGCCUGCUCACACCAGCCGGCCGGAGCCCGGGCUCUGAGGGCCCCUGGAGCCCCCUUCCGGGCCCUGCAAAUUCCGAGAAAUGUGAAACUUGGGGGGAGAUGGGGAAGCCACGGGAAGGGAAGGCAGAAGCUGGGAGCCUCCCAGACCUCAGAGGCCCUUCUCGUACCCAGACCCCCGCCUCCUGAGGGGCUCCGUGUUUCGUGUUCGUUUGCAUCUCUAUUUAUACCUCUGUCCUGCCAGGUCUCCCCCCUCCCCUUGGCUCCGAAAGCCAAGGUGUCUUUGUCCGGGUCACCCCCACUGAAUCCCUCCCUCCCUCCUCAUCCCCAGCUGUGUCUCCCAACCUCCCACCCCUCUUGUGUUGUUUUGCAUGGCUUUGCAGUUAUGGAGAAAGUGGAAACCCAGCAGUCCCUAAAGCUAGCCUCCAGAGGGCAGGACAGACAGACGGAAGAUGGGCAGUUGGAGUGGAAAGGAGAGUGGAGGAGGCAGUGGCUUUCCAGUCUGGAGGGAGGGUCCAACUGGUAUGGGAAAGCUAACUGACCCUCAGCCACUUUCUCAUGAGAGAUGGAGGGGGGGGCAGACGGAGUCCGACCUCGGGGAGACUGCCCUUGGGAUCUGGAACAGAAAAUUCCGGAUUUGCCCUCCCUGGCCACUGUGGAUAAUCACUGGCUCUUAAAUUUGUGGAGUGAUUUUUAGCCUCCAAAACCCUGUUCUGGCUACUCGUGUGUGAUUCUCUCAACAACCCAGUUAGGUGGUCUGGGCAAGAGUUCUCGCCCGUUUUACAGAUGAGAACACUGAGGCCCAAAUGGGUGCCACAGGGGACCCAGAAAGCAAAAGAUAAAGGUCCUGGCCUGAGUGGGCUUCCCUCCAAGCUCCUCAGUCUGCUCUCGGAAGCAAAGUUCCUGCCGUGCACACCUUGGCCUGAUGUGGGCAACUGGGGCUCAGACCAGAACCAGAGGCUCAGCCUCUGCUACUCUUGGCCAGGAGGCAGGGGGUGCAGAGUGGGCCCCGGGGGCAGGGCAGGGUCCCUCGUUUCUCGAUUGCUGACAAACUGGGAAAUCCUGGGUCCAAGGGAAGCAGAGCUGGGUCUCACAGAGGAAAGGCCAGGAGCUGAGGCUCCAGGGGGUUCAGAAUCCAAGAGAGCUAGCGGGCCUCUCCCGCUGGGAAUUGUCCCUGGCCCCACAGCCAGUGUUGGUGCUAGAGAUAAGCCAGGGCUGUGGGGUGGGGCUUUGGACCUGGCAUGCCCACUGCCUACCCCACCUGUAAUCCGGAAGCCCAGGUGGAGAACAGCAGAUGGAGGGGUGCCCUCAGUGCCUCUUUGGAGACCUACGGCCAGAGCUGGUACGGUAGCUCAGGAUGACUCCAAGACGGGGUGCGUGGGCGACGGGCCGGAUGCCUCCCUCCCUUCUGCGCCCCUAGCGGUUCCCCUGUCGGCUCCUUAGCCCUGCUGAGCAAGGCCAGCCCUGGCACGUCGGGAAGCUAGAGUGGGGGGCCCACAGGGUGAUCAGCCUUGGACCCCACCCCAAGCAUAUCCCCCGGCUAAGCCCUGGGAAGGAGGAAGCCUGGCCCGGCUGUCUCUCUGCAGAGGAGCUGGCCGCCCAUCCGCCCCAGGAGAGCAGGGCCUGGGUCCUGCAUGGUGCCCUUAUGUGUGUGUUGGGGGGAAGGGGGAGGAGCAGUGCUGCUGGCCUCUGUCCUGUGUGUGACCCUGCCCUCGAGGGGUCCUGUCCCGUCAGUCCCGAGGGAGCCACAACCAAAGCUGCAGGGAGCUGGUGGGGAAGGAGAGAGAAGACGGCUCUGUCUCCUGCUGGGUCCCUCCCAGGGAGCUGGAAGGCCCACGUCACGUCCCCUCCUCGCCCCCUCCCACUGCAGGCAGCCUUUCUGCUUCCCCAAUGCCUUAUGCCUGGGCACACUGCCACAGAAUAUGCAAUAUGUGUGGGUGACAGGCCCCCACACCCACACCCCCACCCCGGGCAGCCCUGGACUCCAAAGGCUGUGGCGGCCACGGCCUCCCCCCUGCUCCUCCUGCCUAUCUGUCUUCACACUGAGAAUGACACCUAAUAAAUGCUGUCCAUGGAGACCAG